AUUUCCAGGCGAGGCUCGAGGGGCCUCUGUGCGCCACGGUUGCCUGGGGCCUUCUGGGAGCUACAAAAGAAGCGAAGUUUUCCCCGAGCCGGAGGAAUACCGGGUGACGACUCCCGGGCAGGAUCAGAAAGACCAGCGCCUUCCUGGGGCCCGCGGAGGCUCGCGCGUGUCCAGGGGUCGGGCGAGGCUACCGGGGGUCCCGGGGCUGCAGGCCUCCGGGCGGGAAGCCUGGGAAGGAGAGAGGUGUGUGCGUGCAAAUAUCGGAUCCCAGCAGUCCCGCGGAUGCUCUUGGCUGGCCCUUUGAUCACCAUUUCUGGACUUUCUUGAGAACGCCUGAAAAUGGACAGUACCCAGAGAUCAAUCUCCUUCAAGGACUUGACCGUGGACUUCACCCGUGAGGAAUGGCAAUGUCUGGGCCCCGCGCAGCGCCUCCUGUACAGGGAUGUGAUGCUGGAGAACUACAGGAACCUCAUGGCAGUGGGGUUUCGUGUUAGUAAACCAGAGGUGAUCUUAAAACUGGAGCAAGGAAAAGAUCCCUGGGUGGUGAAAGACUCGUCAGGACAGAAGCACGCAGAAGACGAUGGUCCCUUAGAGAAGGACAAGAAGACACAAGACAAACAUCUGAAGCAGUUUUCAGUUGUCCAUAACAAAACGAUGCCAGAGAAAGCCAGUCUGUGUGAGAAGACGGCCGUUCUCAACACGGAGAGUGUUUCCUCGGGGAAAACGCUCCAUAAAUACGACCCGGGUGGGAACAGCUUAAAGAAGAAUCCAGAAGAGACCGUCGCCAUGCCAAGCCCAGCUGGUAGGAAGGCGGCUGCCGAGCAGGAGGGGCGCGGGGAGCCGGCGCUGCACACGAAGGCCGACAGAAGCCACUCUGCGGCAAAGUGGGACAAGGGGAGCGACGACAUUGUUCGGGACGUCAAGAGUCAAGCGGAGGCUGUGGCUCAGCCACACGGCACGCAGGCUGUCAGUCAGCCCUCUGACCGUGAGGAAGGUGAGCAAGGCGAGCAGGAGGCCGCCGCCGCCAGCGCUGCAGGGCCCGAGGAGCAGCCCGAUCGCAAGCGCAACGAGUGUGCCGAGUGUCGGAAAACCUUCUCCAAGAGGUCCACGCUGAUCGUGCACCUGAGGAUCCACACGGGCGAGCGGCCCUACGCCUGUAACUACUGCAGGAAGACCUUCCGCAUCAAGGCGAGCCUCACGCGGCACCAGCGCAUUCACACCGGGGAGAGGCCUUACAAGUGCAAGGAGUGCGGCAAAGCCUUCAUCGACAAGUCGGCCCUCAUCGUGCACCAGCGGAUCCACGGCGGGGAGAAGUGCUUCGAGUGCAACGAGUGCGGGAAGACCUUCUUCCGGAAGUCGGCCCUGGCCGAGCACUUCCGGUCGCACACCGGGGAGAAGCCUUACAAAUGCAAGGAGUGUGGGAACGCCUUCGGCAAAAAGUCCUACCUCAUCGUGCACCAAAGAACUCACCGCGGGGAGAAGCCCAACGAGUGUAAGGAGUGUGGGAAGACCUUCUUCUGUCUGUCCGCCCUCACAGCGCACCAGAGGAUCCACACGGGGGAGAAGCCCUACGAGUGUAAGGAGUGUGACAAGACCUUCUUCUGUCAGUCGGCGCUCAACGUGCACCUGAGGAGCCACACCGGCGAGAAACCCUACAAGUGCCGCCUGUGCGGGAAGUACCUGUGCACCAAGUCGGCCCUGGUGGCGCAUCAGGUGAUCCACAGAGGCAAGAAGACCUUCCAGUGCAGCGAGUGCGGGAAGCUCUUCUACCUGAAGUCGACGCUCACGAUCCACCAGCGAACCCACACCGGAGAGAAGCACGCCGUGCUCAGUAAGUGGAGCCGCCCGUCCGCCCCGUCCACCGCGAAGGCCACCUGCGGCGAGCAGAAGCGAGCGGACGCCAAGGAGAGCCUGCACGAGUGUCACGAUCACAAGCGGACGGCCCACAAGAGCUCACGGCGCGUCGCACACAAGAGAACCAUCUGGGAGAGGCCUUACGAGUGUGAGGAGUGUGGGCGCACCUACUGCCGGAAGUCGGCCCUCAGGCACCACCAGAAGACACACACGGGAGAGCGGCCCUACGAGUGUCAAGAGUGCGGCAAGACCUUCUGUCAGAAGGUCUCCUUCACCGAGCACCAGCGGACUCACACCGGGGAGAAGCCACACAAAUGCAAAGACUGUGGCAAGUCCUUCCGCCACAAGUCAGCCUUCACGGUGCACAAGAGAAUCCACACGGGAGAGAAGCCGUAUGCCUGCAACGAGUGUGGGAAAAGCUACCGCCGGCUCUGGACUCUGACGGAACAUCAGAAAAUACACACAGGGGAGAAACCCUAUGAAUGUAGCUUGUGUACGAAAUCGUUUCGUCACAAAUCAAACUUCCUUUUACAUCAGAAGACUCACAAGAAGUGAAUUCCAGUAAAGGCAACAGAUGGUUUACGUAAUGCCCAAAUCCUGAAUUACACACUGCAGUGUAAGACCUGCUCAGCACAGGGAGCUAUUGGAAACUUUGCUGCCAAAGUCAGCCCUGUCUCAUCUCCAGAGACCUCACACGGGUGACACACAGAGUUUGUCUUAUGGGCCUCAGACUUUGAGUGUUAACUAUGAAGACAAUUGGCAUUUCAGACAUUACACCAGGUGUGCCUGCCUCCCUUUCAAAUCCCAGGACAAACCCUAAUCCCUCCCUGAUUGCCCUCCACACUUAAUUUGCAUAGCGUAUGUUGCCGGAUGUGCAGAACCAGUGCUGAUUCCAGAUCAUUACCAGUUGUCCCUGUGGUAACUGAGUAGCGUCUGCUGAUGUGUUUACAGUGUUAACAGCUCAGACUACACAGCCUGUUUGGCCCCUGUCCCUGCUGUCUAGUGACAGGCCCUAAGCCCCUUAUCUGCAAAGGUGAGUCGGACGAUGCACCACUCACGUGCCUACCUGUGGUGACUCCCACGCACCCGUGAGCGUUGGCCAAAGCCGAGGCAUUGGAGUUUUCUAAUGAGAGGCACGAGCUCGCUUCUAAGUGCCUCCUUGAACUUCCAUGUAAGCCAAGAAAACGUCGACUGCAGUUACCACAGCAAAACCAAAAAUGAAUAAGGCAGAUUUGAAGAGUGAAGAGGGUUUGGGGAGUGUUUUGAGUCAAAACAGUGUCUGUGUUGUUUGUAUUUUAAAUACCUCUGUUCUGUUAGUGGUUUGAUUAUGUCAGUGUUUUCAAAAAUAUCUUGAUUUUUUUAAUUUUUAAUGAACAUGUCCAUAGGGGUAUGAUUUAGAAUUUACCUGUCCGCUUCUGAGAAAACAUCACCAUGGUGCCAAAUAGAAUCACAUAGUGUAGAUGUGUGCACUUAGCCAGAACACCUGCCAUUCGUGGUGGGUUAAUGUCAAGUCCUGGUAGCCAGCCACACGUGGAAUCUGCCACAAACCCAGCCCUGCUCUCCCUGUGCUGUGCUUUUCCUAGGACAAUGAAGUGAGUUUAUUUCAUUGACAAAACAAAGAAGGGCCAUUAGAUAUCUUAUCUGGCCUUGCCUGGAUUAAGAUGGCAAUCAGCCCUGGGCGUGGCCAGAGUAGAUUGUAUGGUCCAGCCUGGUCUUGAAAAUGAGUCUCACUCUGACCUGUCUGCUGCCUCCACCUGUGAUGUUGGGGGCUUCUGGGUGGGAAAAGCUGCCCCUUGUUUGAGACCCAUCAGAAAUCCCAGUAUGAACGGGAUACCUGUUUAUUCAGUUUGUAUCUUACAUCCUUUAGUAAGGUAAAUACAUAUUUGUGAAGUCACAUAUAUCUGAUAUAUACUAAUAUAUACUGAAACAGGAAGAUAUGUAUAUAUCAAUAGUAAUCUUUUCCUGAAAAUCUUAAUAAUUACUUAAAAGAUUUGGUUGCUGUUGCAAAUACAACUUUAUCAUCUGUUUUUAAAAUUGAUAGAGGCCUGACAAGAAGUAGCAAGCAAAGGAACUUGCCGCAAGCUCGACGGCCUGAGUUCGAUCCUUAGGCCCCACAUAAUGGGAUAGAACUGAUUUUCUUACAGGUUACCCUGACUUCCACAAAUGUGAUAUGGCAUGUACACACACAACAAAUACACACACACACACACACACACACACACACAAAUAAAUAGGUAAAUAAAUAAGAUUUAAAGUGUUUUUAAAACUCAGUGAUAGGAUUCUUGGGCGCUUUUACCGCAUGUGUCAAAAUGCAUUCCUUAUACUUACUUUUCUUUGCUUGGUUUUAUAAGACUCAUGGCUCUUGUAAAGGGCUCUGGUGAGCAUCUGGUGGAGGAAAUUCCACUCUUUGAAGAGCUGUACCCUAGCUGUCUAAUUGUGCCUUCUGCCUGCUGCUGGUUAUGCAACAAAUCACAAUCUUGUGACUACUGAGUCGUCCCCUUUAUGGAUUUAACCUGGUGUAUAGAAGGGAGUGUUGUAUGCUGGGGGAUGGGAAUAUAAGUCCAUAAAGGGAAGGUCAGUGAGCCGCAAACACAGAAGUCACAAGACACGCCAGAGUGAUACUUGAAGGUCUAGUGAGAGGACCCCGCUGGUAACGGUGCCUGUUCUGCAAGCCGGCAAUCCGGGACAUGUGUAAAAAUGGACAGAGAGGUCCCGCUCCGCAAAGUUGUCCUCAGACCGUACGUGGACUGUCGCCCCGUGCACGCAUACAAUAGCAGUGCAGUUCUUAAAGUUGUUUUAAAAAAAAAUAACUUGAAAACAUAAAAAAUCUAAAGCAAUUAAAUGGAAGAAAAUCCUUAAAAGCAGCUGAAGGGAACGGCGACAUGUAGGGUCUGGGAACUAACUACAGCUGCUGCAGGAAACCAUCACACUGAUCAGAAGAGUGGGUCUCAUCUCACCGGACUCGAGACAGCCAGUCAGGCCCCAUGCUGCGGGCCGCUCCCUGCUCACCGCUGGAGACUGGCUGGGCUUGCUUCUCCUGUGUGAUCUUCCUGCAACUUGACUUAAGGCUUUGCAUCUGUCCUCACCGCGCAUGUCCGUCCUCACCGCGCAUAUUUGUCGUCACUGUGGAUAUCCAUCUAUGUUUACCUUUUAUCAGGACAUGUCUGACCAAGGUCCCACCUUAUUCAAGCAUGACCUCAUAUUGACUGACAUCUGUAAGAGCCUUACUUCAUAAGGUCACAUUGAAAGUAUUAGAGGCUUGGGGGGACAUUAUUGGUACCCUAAAACUUACCCCAUGUUUACCAGAUUAAAAUAACAGUAGAUA